GUUCCCAGUCUCCGCCUCCCCCUCCGCUCCUCCCCGAAAACUAAACCAAUCACAGCACAACCCCCCUCUGUUCUCAUCUCCCCACCGCCACCAGCACAACCUCUCCUCUGAUCUCUGCUCUCCACUCAUUCCUUCCUUCGCCGCCUCAUCAUCUCUCUCUCAAUCCUUCUUGGUUACCUCCAUCUUUCUGUAAUUCUCUGCUUCCGUGCUUUUUUUGGAGCCGAUUCGGGCGGCAACGAGAAACGAGACGAGAGGAUAUAAGCUUAGCCUUGGCCCUGAAGGCUUAAGGUUAUUGUGUGGUGUGUUCUCUUGGAUUUAGAUUAAUGGGUUCGAUGGGUUGUGGAUGGAGAUUUUGUUAGUGAGGGGAAGAUGGGGUGCCGGAGCUCGAAGGCGGAGGAGCCGGCCGUGGUGGGGCUGUGCAGGGAGCGGAAGGAGCUGAUCCGGGCGGCCGCCGACUACCGCUACGCCCUCGCCGGCGCCCACACCGCCUACUUCCGCGCCCUCGACCGCGUCGGCGAGGCCCUCAACCGCUUCGUCCAGGAGGAGCUGGCGGCGGCGGCGGCGGCGCAGCCGCCGGCCCUGGCUUCCCCGGUCAUCACUCUGCCCCCUUCUGAUGGGAAAGGGAAAGACAAGGCUAAGGCCCGUAGAUCCGGUGGUGACGGUAAUGCCGGUGAUGUCGGUGCUUCGUCGUCGUCUUCUUUGAGGUCGAACUCUCACGCGCAUUCCUCCGAUCGCCACUUGCAUUUUCCUUCUGAUUCUGAUUCCGAAGAGAUUUCAGAAGAAGAGGAUGAAGAAGUUCCAGAAGUUCCGCAGGAAAGGAGUAGAAAGAAUGAAGGAUUACAAAGAGGAGGAGGACGAGGAGGAGGGGAAGAAAAAUCGUCAUCUCCUCCUCCUCCGAAUCCUUCUCCACCAUUCGCUCCUUUUCCUCCAUUAUCUGCUGUUCCUCCUCCUUUCUACGCCGUCUAUCCUCCUGUCUCAAACUAUCCUGUUCCUCCUUCCUCGAGUUAUCCAUUAUCUCCUUUCUCGGCUGUUCCUCCUCCUUACUCUAACUAUCCAAUCCCUAAUUACUACUAUAUGAAGUCAUCUGCCACGAUUCCGACCACAAUCUACCAGGAACCUUAUACCGGAUGGUCGGAUUCGGGCUAUAUGGGAUAUGGGUACGGGUAUACCAACCCCUUGUAUGAUAAUCCGAUGGGGCCGCCGGCGGCGGCUCCCGUUGAAGAUGAAUCCUUUCACCGGAAUCGAGAAGUGAGAACCGCUACUCCGCCGCCACCGCAGCAAGGGGGAUCCUCCUGGGAUUUUUUUAAUCCUUUUGAUUCUUAUGAGCAGUUCUACUCUGAAUUCUUGAAGGAGAAGUAUGGGAUGGGUUCGGUGACAAGCAGUCCUAAUUCAAGCGAGGUGAGGGAGCGGGAAGGCAUUCCUGAUUUGGAGGAGGAGACUGAGCAAGAGAUUGUGAAGGAAGAUGUGGAAACGAGGAAGGAGGUGGAUGGAAGUUCAGGAGACAAAGAUUCUGUUGCAGAGAGUUCCAAGGCAGCAGAAGUGGAACGAGAAGUGGGUGAGAAGGAAGCUACAGUUGUCUCCGAGGUGAAAGAGAGUCAGAGCAAUUCUGAAGUCAGUGAAGUGAAAGGCAGUGGGGAGAAGGAAGCACAUAGGAGGAAGAAAGGUGCAAGCUUUGAAGAGGAAACAUCACUGGUCACCGAGGACAGUGGACCGAGCAAAGAGAGUGCAGUGUAUGCUCAUGGUACCAGGGAUGUUGCAGAAGCUGUGAAGGAGAUCAAGGAACAAUUUAAAUCUGCAGCCACUAGUGGUGAAGAAGUCUCAAGAAUGCUUGAGGUGGGCAAAUUACGCUACAGAUCAAGGAGAAGAAUUCUAAGAGUGAUCUUUUCUUGGAUAUUGGAUUCCAUGACUGCACCGGGGUCAACAUCUAGCCGUGCAGUUGUUGAAAAGUAUAUUGAUGUUGAGCCCGACAAGCUUUCAGCAACACUGGACAAACUGUAUAUAUGGGAGAAGAAACUUCAGAAGGAAGUCCAGGAAGAAGAAAAAUUGCGGAUCAUAUAUGACAGGGAGUGGAGGCGACUGAAAGCUUUGGAUGAUAGUGGAGCAGAAUCCUAUGAGAUAGAUUCUACUCGAGCUUCAAUAAGAAAAUUGCUCACAAGAAUAAACAUUGCCAUCAGAUCUGUGGACACCAUCUCAAGCAGGAUACACAAAUUAAGAGAUGAAGAACUGCGGCCCCAACUUAUUGAAUUAAUCCAAGGAUUGAUAAGAAUGUGGAACUCCAUUCUUGAUUGUCAUCGCAGGCAGUUCCAGGCAAUAAUUGAAAGCAAAAGCCAGAGUCUGAUAGUGAAAACUGGGAUCCAAAGAAAUUCUGCUGCAAAGGUGACCAUAGAAUUGGAGCUGGAGCUCUUGAACUGGUGCUCCUGUUUUGGCAACUGGAUCCGCACCCAAAAAUCUUAUAUUGAAGCCUUGAAUGGAUGGUUAAUGAAAUGGCUUCUUCAGGAAAAGGAAGAAACACCUGAUGGUGUUAUACCAUUCUCCCCAAGCAGAAUUGGUGCUCCUGCUGCCUUCAUCAUUUCAAAUGAUUGGUAUCAUAUGAUUGAACGAAUAUCAGAAGCUGAAGUUAUAAAAGCAAUUCGAAGCUUUGCUGUGAGUGUUCAUGGGUUAUGGGAGAGACAAGACGAGGAGCAGCGCCAGAAACUGAAGGCUGAGUAUCUGUCCAAAGAUUUCGCCAGACGGCUCAGGUCACUGCAGAAGGAAAGUGGGAUGCAUGGGUAUCUCGAUGUAUCAGAUAAGACAGCUAUCUCUGUCUCCAACAAUGUUGGAGCUUCCCAUGAUGACCAUAUGAUGGCUUUAGAUGAAAUGAAAAAAAGAGUAGAUGAAGAGAGAGCCAGGCAUGAAGAAACAAUAAAAGAGGUCCAAGAGGUGGCUGCCAGCAAUUUGAGGAUGGGUUUAAUUCCAAUAUUUGAAGCAUUAGGGAAUUUUACUUCGGAGACUCUGAAAGGUUAUGAGCAAGUCAGAAUACCAAAUGGCAGUGCAGGUACAUAAGCCCCGUGCCACCAGUUUUGCCGAAUUUUUCGGGGUUCUCUCGGGUGUUUCCUUUUGGUUUGGAGGCUAGAAAUUGGAUUUUACCGUGAUAAAAAAUGAUGCUCAACAGUUAUUGCCGGUAAGCAGAGUGAAAAGUAAGUUCAGAAAGACCCCAAUAACUGCUGACUUCAUUUAUAAUUGAGGAAACAACUGGAGGGCACUGUAGAAACCAGAAGACUCUUAUCUAAAUGCUGGGAUUUGUAAAUAUCCGUCAGGUUCUUGAAUCCUGAAUCAGAUAGCCACCUAUGUGGGAAGCAUUGUGUUGCGAGUUAGAAUGAUAAGUAGAGCAAUUGUUAAUUGUUUGCUUGUCUUUUGAGAGCACACUUCUCCUGGUUGCAUGGCUUGCGGACAUGAAGACAAACAUGAAGACACCAUGCUUUGUUAACUGGCUAAUUUAUCAAUAAGCAACGACAGUUUUUCUUUCGGAGGAUAUUAGCAGGCUUUAGAUUGAACUGUUCAGCUGACUAGCAUAAGGUGGCUGCACUUAAAUGUAUUGAAAAUGUAGGAUGCUGUAAUUUAGCUAUUAAAAUCAAUCAUUUCGCAUCCAAUUGGAUGGAAAUUUUGUUCAGCACUCAGGCAGCUUCUUUUUAAUCUCACAUCAUUCUUUUCUGA